AUGCUGCUCGCCUCCCUUUGUCUGACGGCGGCGGCAAUGUUUGACACUGAGUUUGACCUCCCCUGGGCAAUGUGGAAAAGGACCUACAACAAGAACUAUGAGACCCAGGUGGAAGAGGUGGGCCGCAGGGAGCUGUGGGAGUUCAACCUGAAGAUGAUCAGUGUCCACAACCUGGAGGCAUCCAUGGGCCGGCACACCUACCGCCUCAGCAUGAACCACCUGGGAGACAGGACAAGAGAGGAGAGACAUCGGUUGUUGGCUAGGAUGCAUAUUCCCUCUGACCACCAGAGGCGCACACGGCCUUCCAGGGAGCAGCCAGCGAUCCUUUGCCAGAUAGCCUGGACUGGAGGGGACAAGGGCUACGUCACCAAAGUUAAAGAUCAGCGAGAUUGGGGGAACACCUGGCCGGAGGCAGAGGAGCCCUUUAUAAAGGAGCAGGAGGACUGGCAUUCGGGAAAGACCAGGGAGCGAGAGGGCAGCGGAGAGGCGCUCGGGGUCCGUGAGCAGGCUAGAGGCUCACGAGAGGGCCCGUAG